UAAGCAGUAAUCGCGGCCGAGUGCAAAUGUCGCCAGAUAAUUGCGGAGCUCUGCGGACAGUGCGGCGCGCGCUGCAGCCACAUUAUGACGGGAUUUUGAGGACCGGUUGUUCGCGGAAAACCGUUGAUUCAUCGGUUUGCAAUAUUGUCAUGAAGUGAGCGGUGAUAAUGUGUGAGGUCGCGAGUUGGCUGCCGCCCGCGGCGCCGGGCACUCCGCCGCCGGCCGCGCCCGUGCUCGCCUGGCUCGCGGUGCUGCGCGCCUCCCCUGAGGAAUACGACCCGCUGCUGGCCCUGCAGCCCCCCGAGCAACCCCCCGACCCUCCCGCGCCCUCCCCCAGCGCGUCCCCCGACAGCGCCUUCGACGAGAUCCUGUCGCAGCUAGGCAAGGAGAUCUACAAGCUCGACGAGUACCACCGCCACCUCCUACCUGCAGAAAAGGAAGAAGUGUCCCUCAGCUUCCUCAACAUAUUCGACCAGUGCCUCGGCGAGUUCGACGUCGUCACUCAGUGUUAUGACCUAGUGAGUAACAGUGAAGUGCACGUGCAUCAGCCCACAGUGAUAUCGAACGCGGAAGAGCAAACAGUGACUGUGAAUGGACGCACAAACGGACACAACAUGGAGUGCAGUGAUUGUGAAUCUACGCUAUCGGACGUGUCAUUCGUUACGAGCACACCUGCGAAGGAAAAUGCGCCCUUAAACAUGGAGAGCCAAGUGAAACCCGUCCCCUUACCGCGAACUCGAUUAAAAACUCCAUCGUCUUCCUCCUCGUUUUACGACACGAUGGAUGUGAAGCCGGAACAAGUGACGGUCGCGUCCGACUCUGACUCCGAGAGCACCUGCUGGAGCUACCAGGAGUGCAGCACCGACGAAAACGACAACAAUAAAGACCAAUACGCGGCGGUCUGGUCGCACAGCUCCGGCUUCCACAACUCUGACGAAAUACUACGGAAGGUGCUUACGCAGAACCUGGCGACAGUGACGGACAUACCGUACGACACGACGGCGGACUUAGUGCACGAUUAUUCCGUGUACGCGCUGAGCGAGGUGGGAGACAGGUGCGGCGACGCGGGCGCGCCAGUCGCGAUGACGGCGGCGCGCGCGCCCGACGACGGCUACGAGCCGGUGCGAGACGCUCUCACAGACGAGAACAUCUACGAGGAGAUCGAGUAUGGGUACAGCUACACGGAUGAAGGGUGCUCGUGUGGCGGCAGCAUCGAGGUGGAAAGCUGCUCCAUGAGCGCUAGUUCUGAAGGCGUCGGCCGCGACAGCCCUCUGUACGCCAACUUAAGGGACCACGACGCGUAUGCGGUCCCCAGCGAUGUCAUCGCCUGGAAAAACAGCCUUCUGGAUCCCUUCUACAAUGACGACGAGGAAGAUGAGUGGAUCACGCCGGAGGAGUGUGCCGUGUACAGUCGCGAGCAGCGGCCGCCGCUGGUCAUCCCGCGCAUCACGCAGUACCGCGGCCAGCGCCCGCCCCCGCACGUCGCCCACUCCUACCCUGAGGAGACAUUCCAAGAGCCGCUCAAGGUGUCGUCAGUCCGCCAGUACGACCGCCUGCCCGAGUGGAGCGCCGACCGCUAUGACGUGGAGUACAGCAAGAGCUCCGAGAGCCCCCGCGCUAUUAGGAUGCUGGCUCGGAACCGACUGGGUGAGCUGGUUUCCGCCUGUGCUAGCUAUGUAGGUCUUUAUACGUCGGGACACCCUGGGCAGUCAGCGACAUACACAGCGGUAGUUAUUUUACAAGAGACAUCCCAAGAGCCGCUCAAGGUGUCGUCAGUCCGCCAGUACGACCGCCUGCCCGAGUGGAGCGCCGACCGCUAUGACGUGGAGUACAGCAAGAGCUCCGAGAGCCCCCGCGCUAUUAGGAUGCUGGCACGGAACCGAUUGGCGGGCUCAACCGAGAACCUGCUCCUGCGGCGUCCGAACCAGCUCCAACUACCAGCAUCAUCCUCCGGAGACAGUCUCGACAUAGAAGUACGGGACAAGGACGCUCAAGCGCGCAGCCGCAAGUCCAAGUCUAUGGUGGCGCCGAAGCAUAGAGUGCGGUCGCCAGUUCCCGCGCCGAGGAUGCACGUGCCAGCGCCACCUGUUGAGUCCGGUACAUUCCAAGCGUCAGUGGUGCAGGAGGGGUUCGUGAAGCGCACCAAGUUCUCCGAGAGCGGCAAGAAGAGCAAGAAGAACUGGACCGAGUGCUACAUGCUGCUGACUCAGACCGGCCUCGUGUUCUUCAAGGACCAGAAGACUUAUUAUGCUACUAAGGCACCCCGUCCGGCGGGCUCCCCCCCCAGCCCCGCCGCCCCCCGCGCCGAGCUCGUGCUGCCGCUGAGGAACGCGCACGUCGUGCCCUGCAUACAGAUGCAUACUAGGAGACACUCUCGCUCGCUGGUGCUGACGGUGGGCUACGACCAGUACCUGCUCCAAGACGAGACCGAGGACGGCGCCCGGCGCUGGCUCGCGCGCAUACAGAGCAUCAUCUACAAACUGGGUCCCCCGCUGUCAGAAGACUACCCGACACCGCAGUCACAGAGUAGCAACACUGACAUCGAGAGCAUCGGACGCACGCCGCCACCCGCGCCCAGACACCCGCAUCGGGCCAAACAGAAAGCCGGUGGCUCCAGUAACGAAGAUCUGAGUGACGAGAAAACCCAUGUAAAGAGUCGGUUAAAGAAGUUUUUCGCCCGGCGACCCACCAUGGAGGUGCUAGUCAAAAAAGGAAUCUACAAAGACGAGCCGGUGUUCGGUCGCAACCUCGAGGAGGUCUGUCUGCCGAGUUCCUCUCCCAGGGUGCCUGAGUUUGUGGUGCACUGUGUGGAGGAGAUCGAGGGUAGUGAGGAGAACAUGACCACGGACGGACUGUACCGAGCCAGCGGGAAUCUGAGCCAGGUGCAGAAGAUACGGCUGGAGAUCGACCAGAACAACCUGGCCGUGAUCAAGAACAACCCGGACAUCCACGUGCUGACGGGCUCGCUCAAGUUAUUCUUCCGAGAACUGAAGGAGCCGCUCAUUCCGUUCAGCGUGUUCGACCGGGUGCUUAGCGCUUGUUCUAUAAAACCGCGGGAGGCGAGAAUAAAGGAGUUCAGAGACAUCGUCCAGUCGCUGCCGCAGUGCAACCGGGACACGCUCAAGUACCUACUGGAGCAUUUACUACGAGUAACGCAGUACAGUGAGCGCAACCGUAUGCAUACGGCCAACCUGGCCAUCGUGUUUGGCCCGACCCUGCUCUGGGCGCCCGCUGAGCAGGCACACAACAUCGCCAUCGACUGCAUCCAACAAAACAACGUGGUAGACAUCCUCCUUACAGACUUCAACGAGAUCUUCGCCGACGACAACAAAAUUAAGAAAAAAUCAUGAGGCCUAGUCAGAGUGAUGUGGUGAGUGUAAAAAGUGUAAAAGUGAAUUCGCAGACUGGUCGGCGUUCAGUAGCCAAAGAUCAAAGAUUGCGGAUCGAUGCCCCAGUUUUAUGUAAAUUUACUCGUAGUGAUCAGUAUAUACGUUGUAAAUACUUCAUGUAAACUUAGUUGUACUGUAAUUUUUUGUUUGUUUCGAGUGAGUCUAUGAUUGUAUAGCGUAUUCUCUUGCUGUAUAUUUUUUUCAUCCAAAAUCUUAAGACGGUGUAUUUCUGUAUACGAAGUUUAUCACAUAGACAACUGUCCAAUAAUUUGACAUCCAAGUAAAGAGAGUUGUGAUCGUAGAAGCAAUAUUUACUGUAAGACUGUCUGAGGCUCUAGCAUAUAAAUAAUAAAAUAUAUAAUAUAUGUUAAAGUAUCUCUAGAAAUAAAUAAAAAUAUAUUUUAGACCUUGUAUAGUAACUAUGAAAACUUUACAUGUUAAUCUAAAGCAAUCGUGUGAAUUAGAAUGAAGGAAAACACUAACACUUUGAAACAGACACUAUAAUUUUGAAAAACCUAUAGAUGUAAAGAAUGCUAGUAUAUAUUUUGUUAAAUAUUGAGUUUUUUUGGGUCCAAACUGUACAUAUAUUUUUGUGUCCUGACAUCGAACUCAUGUUAUGGCUCAAAGCCAAAUUUUAUGUGUGCCUUGGAAUAUUCUUGUAAAUAAAUGAUCAUCCUGGAUGAAAUACAAUAAAAUAUCAAGUAAUGUUUGUGAUAAGUAAAUCAUUAAAUUAUAAUCUACAUACCUAGUUUGGGUUUAAAAAAGUGACGGUCUAGUCCUUUUAAGUUUCAACUUCAAAAAUACUAACCUACUGUAUUAUAUAUUUUAUAUAGCUACAUGUAUCAAAUAAUGUAUUAAUAAGGUAUGACAAGAAUUCUAUUUCUUAAAUAUCUUAGAAGUUAUUCACAUUCGUGCAUUCGUAAGAUGUCGUAAAUGCCUUUUCACCUUAAAUUAUAUAUGCAAUUUACAAUACCAAUGUAAUAAUGAGAAAAUACUCAAAAUGUCAAUUUUAAAGUAAUCAAACAUUUACUAAACACAUAAUAUAAAAGAAAAGCUAUUUUCGAAGUUGUUAUAAGCUAGGAACCAAAGUUUUGUAUUUUUGGCUGAUAGUGUAAUUAUAUCCCAUAUUUUGUUGUAAAAUAAGAGUAAAUUAAUGUAACUAUUACGUUAUAAUAUAACACCCAUAUUGCUUGAUGGUAGAAGAUGUCGUUACAUAAAAUAAAAAUAAUUAAUAAUGA